CUUUGCAAGAAAUUGCAAAUAAAAGAGAGAGAAAUGCUACGCAAUAUGAUAAACUAGAAUUUCAAAUAUCAAGUGAUGAAGGCCAAUUAGAAUUUCAAAUGAUGGGUGCAAUAAGUGAUGAAGAACAAGAAUUACAAAUGAUAAGUAGUGAAAAACAAGAAUUUCAAAUAAGUGGUAGUGAAAAACAAGAAUUUCAAGUGAUUAGUGAUGAGAAACAAGAGUUACAAAUAAUAGAUAGUGAAGAACAAGAAUUUCAGGUGAUGGGUAAUGAGGAACAAGAAGAAUGA